CUCUCUCUCCCCCCAUCAUUUUAGACAAAAUCUGAUAAUUUCCAUAUUCGAAUAUUUUUCCGUGAUACACGACUUUUCGAUAUCUAUUUUCCAAAACCCCUAAAGAUCCCUAAAUUCAUGUCCAUUGACAUUCGAUAGUUACAUUUUCUUAGUUUCGAUCUGAAGAAGGAGAACAAAAUGGGAGAGAAAUCGAGUUCUAGAUGUUGUUGCUGUAGCUGGUUCAUCGGGAUCAUAGUGUUGAUCGCUGUAGUGCUCGCCAUCGUUUUCACGAUCAGACAUAAUAAAUCUAAUAAGCAUCCCGAUGAUGGAGCCGAUAUAGUUCCACUUCCAGGCUCCAUUGAUAAAAACUACGCCGAUGCUCUCAAGAUCGCUAUGCAGUUCUUCGACAUUCAGAAAUCUGGUAAGCUGGAGAACAACAAAAUAACCUGGAGAGGAGACUCUGGUCUUGAAGACGGAAGUGAAGCGGGUCUUGACCUUUCAAAAGGUUUAUACGAUGCUGGAGAUCACAUGAAGUUCGGUUUACCUAUGGCUUUCACUGCCACUCUUCUCUCCUGGUCCAUUCUCGAGUACGGUCAUCACAUGGACUCCGUGAACCAGUUGGAACCUGCUAAAGAUUCUCUUAAAUGGAUCACUGAUUUCCUCAUCCAUGCUCAUCCUUCCGCAAACGUGCUCUAUAUCCAGGUGGGAGAUCCGGAGACGGAUCAUAAAUGUUGGGAUAGACCAGAAACAAUGUCUACCAAGAGAACUCUCACCAAGAUCGAUACAGAGACUCCAGGGACUGAGGUUGCUGCUGAAACGGCAGCUGCCAUGGCUGCUGCGUCUUUAGUCUUCAAACAAAGUGAUCCUAAAUAUUCAAGCACGCUCCUGAAACACGCCAAGCAAUUGUUCGGUUUCGCGGAUAACCACAGGGGAUCUUACAGUGUCAACAUACCUAAGGUUCAGAGUUACUACAACUCGACUGGAUACGGAGAUGAGCUUCUUUGGGCAGCUUCUUGGUUGUACCAUGCGACAGAGGACAAAACGUACCUUGACUUUGUGUCUAAAAAUGGAGACGAGUUUGCCAAUUUUGGAAGUCCCUCAUGGUUUAGUUGGGACAACAAGCUUCCAGGAACACAGAUACUAUUAUCAAGAUUGACAUUCUUCAAAAAAGACUUAUCAGGAAUCAAAGGACUUCAAGGUUAUAAAGAAACAGCAGAAGCUGUCAUGUGUGGGCUUAUACCAAGCUCCCCAACAGCUACAACUAGUAGAACCGAGGGUGGUCUUAUAUGGGUUGCUGAAUGGAAUGCACUUCAACAACCUGUGUCCUCAGCAUUUUUAGCCACACUCUACAGUGAUUACCUGCUCACAUCCGGCAUUGAAAACCUAUCUUGUGGUGACACAUCUUUCAAACCUUCAGAUCUCAGAAAGUUUUCUAGAUCCCAGGCUGAUUACAUGCUAGGGAAAAAUCCGGAGAAAAUGAGCUAUUUGGUGGGGUAUGGUGAUAAGUAUCCAGAGUUUGUGCAUCAUAGAGGAGCUUCGAUACCAGCUGAUGCAAACACAGGAUGCAAAGAUGGAUUCAAGUGGCUUAACUCGGAGGAACCAAACCCGAACGUAGCUUAUGGUGCACUUGUUGGUGGACCGUUUCUGAACGAUACGUUUAUAGACGCAAGGAACAACUCUAUGCAAAAUGAGCCAAGCACAUACAACAGUGCUCUUGUGGUUGGCCUCUUGUCUAGUUUGGUUACUACGUCUACCUCACUAAAAUCUUUUAUGUAGAGUUUUAUAAAGUCCCUCUUAAUUAGAGUUACACACUUUCAACACCUUAUUGGCUUUCAUUCUAUAAAUGUGUGUGUACGUAUGAGUAGGCUUGGGAUUUUUGACCGGAACUGUCGAACCAAAAUUUUGGUUUGGUUCAAAUCAUUUGAUUAUGAAUUA